AGCUUGAUCUGGCCUUUAAUUUGUCAGCAUUUUCAGUUUAUGGGCAUAAUUUUGAACUGAGCUUUCCAAAGGGGAAUAAUUCUCUAUCUGUUUUGUUUCCCUUCAAAAAUGUUGUGUCAUAUUUCUUCAUUUUGUUUUUGCAUUCGAAUUUUCAUCUUCUUCUGCCUCUUGUUUUCUGUCCAUGGCCGCCAUGCAAAGAAGCACAAACAUUCUCACCAUCAUGAUCAUUACUCCAUUUCACAGCCUCCUUCUCCUCCUCCUUCUCCUUCGUCGGGAUUGGCAAGUCCUCCCGAUGAUGGAGGGUACUCCUCGUCCUUGAACUCCAGCGGCGGCAUUUUUGACGUACGUCAUUUUGGUGCCAUUGGAGAUGGUAUGGUGGACGACACGGAGGCGUUCAAGAUGGCGUGGGACACAGCAUGCCAGAGUGAUGAUGAUGAUAGCUCUGCAGUUAUUCUCGUUCCCUACGGUUUCUCCUUUUUGAUUCAGUCGACAAUUUUCACAGGGCCGUGCAAAAAAGGGGUUGUGUUUCACAUUGAUGGCACUCUUGUAGCUCCCGAUGGGCCCGAUGCUUGGCCGAGGAGUUAUAGUGCGCAUCAAUGGUUGGUUUUCUACCGAGUUUAUAACAUGUCGCUUCAAGGUGAUGGUCUCAUUGAUGGCAGAGGCCAGAAAUGGUGGGAUCUCCCUUGCAAACCCCACAAGGGAGGAACAGGAAAAACGACAACGGGACGAUGUGAUAGCCCAAUUGCAAUAAGAUUCUUCAUGAGCUCCAACUUGACAGUGGAAGGACUUAGAAUAAGAGACAGUCCUCAGUUUCACUUCAGGUUUGAUAAUUGCAGAGAUGUUUAUAUUGAUUCUCUCCAAAUAACAGCUCCUGCCUUCAGUCCAAACACUGAUGGAAUUCACAUUGAGAAUACAAAUGGUGUCAAGAUAUACAAUUCAAUAGUUGCCAAUGGUGAUGAUUGCAUUUCAAUUGGAUCAGGUUCUUAUAAUGUUGAUAUAAAAAAUAUAACAUGUGGACCAGGUCAUGGAAUUAGCAUUGGCAGUCUAGGCAAUCACAACUCCCGAGCGUGUGUGUCGAACGUAACGGUUCGGGACUCGACAAUCAAAGUCUCAGACAAUGGGGUUCGAAUCAAGACAUGGCAAGGCGGAUUUGGAGCAGUAAGAGGAGUAAGUUUUAACAACAUUCAUAUGGACAAUGUUAGGAAUCCCAUCAUAAUUGAUCAAUUCUACUGCCUCAACAAAGGGUGCCUCAACCAAUCCUCAGCAGUUCUUGUAUCAGACAUAACCUAUACCGAUAUCAAAGGAACUUACGAUAUUAGGAGCCCACCGUUGCAUUUUGGUUGUAGUGACUCCAUGCCAUGCACAAACUUAACACUUGCUGAUAUUGAACUUCUUCCCGCUAGAGGCGACAUUGUUUCGAACCCCUUUUGUUGGAAUGCUUAUGGAAACUUGCAGACCCUAACAAUUCCUCCCGUUGCUUGCUUACUCGAAAGCGCCGCACGAUCGACCAUACAAAGUGAAAAGGAUUAUUGUUGACCCUUUUGAUAGAAAUACAUUAUUGUAAU